CAAAAUUUUAGUGUGUGACAUCUUCACAUCAUCUUGAAUUGAGGAAAACAUGGCGUCUCCCAUGAAGAGGCUGGCGAAGGUCCUGCGGUGGGAGGUGCGGGGCAUCCACACGUCGGGCGUGAGCGCGGCCAACCGCGCGGGCCGGUACCGGGUCACCAGGAACCACAGCAAGCCCCUGACGUACGAGAUGGCCAACCCGCCCCACCAGAUCGCCCACAGGAAGGCCUGGAACUCCUGGAACACAAGCAACCUGCAGGGCGGCCUGAGGCAGUCGGAGACCCUGAUCGAGGACAUGUUCAUCAGGAAGUUCAUGACCGGCACGUGGCACCGGAUGUUUGUGUCGGAGAUCCUGAUCAAGCGGCGGCACAACAUGGUGAUGGUGGGCGGCAUCGUGCAGCGCUCGGUCAUCCCCCGCAAGAUGUACUUCCUCCUGGGCUACACCGAGGAGAUCCUCAGCUACGUGCUCAAGUGCCCCGUCAAGCUCGAGCUCCAGUCCACGGCGGACAAGAAGGACAUGGUCUUCAAGUACAUCUAGGCUUCGUCCCGGUCUUUUGCAAACCAUUUUGUAUAGUAGAAGUAAAUGAUUAAGAACAGAAUUCUCAUUUAGGGGAUACCGCAUUUGUUUGAGA